AUGGAGGUGUUCCUGGUCUUCUCCACCCUGCUGCUUGCCAGUUUUGUCAGCUGCCAAGACAUACCGUACGAGGUAUCCCUGGCUCAGCUCCAGGCGUGCCCCAAGGAGUGCCGCUGCCCGCCCAGCUUCCCCCACGCCGUGUACUGCGACCACAGGGGCCUGAAACGCAUCCCCGUCAUCCCGCCCAACACCUGGUACCUCUACCUCCAGAACAACCUGAUCGACGUGCUCUCCGAGGAGGCCCUGCGGAACGCCACCCAGCUCAGGUGGCUCAACCUCAACCGCAACAAGAUCACCAACGAGGGGGUGGAGGAGGGGGCGCUGAGGGCGAUGUCCGGCCUGCUCCACCUCUACAUGGAGGACAACCUGCUGACGACCGUGCCCGCCCCGCUGCCUGCUACCCUGGAGCAGCUCCGCCUCUCCCGGAACAGGAUCUCCAAAAUCCCCCCAGGGGUCUUCUUGGGGAAGGAGCACCUGGCACUGCUGGACCUCCAGGGGAACAAGCUGGAGGACGACGCGGUGACAGAGCAGAGCCUGAAGGGUCUGAGCGGGCUGGUCCAGCUCAACCUGGCCAAGAACAACCUGAAGAGCAUGCCGACGGGCCUGCCCGCCACCACCACCCAGCUCUUCCUGGACAACAACGCCAUUGAGAAGAUACCCCCGGAAUACUUCAAAGGCCUGCCCAAGGUGGCCUUCCUCCGUCUCAACUACAAUAAGCUGGAAAACAGCGGCCUUCCCAAGAACAUCUUCAACCUCUCCAACAUCCUGGACCUGCAGCUGUCCCACAACCAACUGACACAGGUUCCCGAGGUCCCCCGAAACCUGGAGCACCUCCACUUGGACCACAACAGGAUCAAAAGUAUCAACGGAACUGAUGUCUGCCCAGUUUCUGCUAGUGAGCUUGAAGACUACUUCGAAGAGAAGAUGCCUAGGCUACGCUACCUUCGUCUCGAUGGCAAUGAGAUCAAACCCCCCAUCCCGAGGGACCUGAUGGUCUGCUUCCGGCUCCUCAGGGCCGUGGUCAUAUGA